CAGCUCUUAAGUUUGGAGAGUUUCUUCAGGGACUCAAGCAAGCUGCUGGAUGUGUUUUGUUUUUCUUCUUGAGAAAUUCAGCAUCGUGCUCUCAUUUGACUUGGAUGAUUUGUAUGUGCUUGGAUCCUCAAAAAACAGGCUAAAAGGUAUCAGGAGUUGAAAUGACAUAGAAAAGUCUUCGAAGAGCAGACUGUGAAAUUAACUCCUUCCACUUGAUACUGAAAGAAGAUAAACUGAAACUUCAAGAAUGACGAUCUGCUCAUUGGCAAGUCACAGGAAAAGCACAUAUAAGGCAACUGAAUAAAGUCUGUGGUAUGAGGGCUUUGUCAGAUAAACUGUCCAAAAGAAUAUGUUAAAGUGUUGAACUCUGCUUUGUGUGUCCCUCCCUACUACCCCAACGCUUCUACAUCUGAAAUGUUUCAGAAGAAGGAGCUGGUGUGGCUUAUUUGUCACUGAACUACAUUGGAUAUAAAAAAGUAAUGCAGGGUGCAGAGAACAGUGCAGCUUGAACAGUCUUAACCCAGCAUUUGAAAAUCUUCUGUUUUGCAGCAAAAUAUGACACCUGUAGUUUUGCUCAUUGGUCAUCUCAUUCUACUGAUACCUCUGUUCCGUGCUGUAGAGGAAUGUGUUCUUUGUGAUUACUUCGUGCUUGUUGGAGAGCCUACUGCUAUUACUUGCCCCAUUAUUACACUGCCAGUGCUUCACUCUAAUUACAAUCUGACGUGGUAUAAAAAUGCUAGUGCUACACCAGUAACUACAGAGACAAAUGCCAGGAUCCACCAGCGAGAGGGCUUGCUUUGGUUUAUUCCUGCAAUGCUGGAAGAUUCUGGACUUUAUGAAUGCGGUGUAAGGAGCCUUAACCACUCUAACAAAAAAACUAUAAAUUUAACAGUUUUUAAGAAUGAUAAUGGCUUGUGUUUUAAUGGAAAAAUGAAGUUUGAACAAAAAGUGAUGAGCACAAAUACUGGAAAGAUUAUAUGUCCUGAUCUGGAACAAUUUAAAGCUGAAGACAAUAAUCAGCCUGAAGUACAUUGGUAUAAGGAGUGUAAGUCUGGAUUUCUUGAAGACAAGCGACUUCUUUUGGCAGAGGGUGAAAAUGCUGUCUUGAUUCGUAACGUAACCGUGCAAGAUAGAGGAAACUACACGUGCCGUGUGGUGUACACCUACAUGGGAAAACAAUAUAAUGUUUCAAGAACCAUAAGUCUGGAAGUUAAAGAAAAACCACCACAGAUAAAACCAGAGUUUAUUUAUCCGAAGAACAAUACAAUUGAAGUAGAACUUGGCUCUCAUGUAGUUAUGGAAUGUAAUAUAUCAAGUGGCAUAAAUGGCUUAAUUCCAUUCUGGCAAGUUAAUGAUGAGGAUGUUGAUAUCUUUGAUAAAACCUACAGGGAACAGUUUUAUGAAGAGGGGUUGCCUCAUGGACUUGCAGUAUCUGGAACAAAAUUUAACAUUUCAAAAGUGAAAACAAAGGAUUACGCUCACAAAUUUUUCUGUCACUUCAUAUAUGGUUCUCAGCAAUUUACAGCCUACAUCAAAUUGGAACGCCCAGCACAAAACAUUCAGGGUUACUUAAUUGGAGGAGGAGUUUCCUUGGUAUUUUUAGUAUGUUUUACUCUCUUUAUCUACAAGAUCUUCAAAAUUGAUAUUGUGCUUUGGUAUCGGGACUCCUGCCAUCCUUUCCUGGGUAAAAAAGUUUCAGAUGAGAAGAUCUAUGAUGCUUAUGUUCUGUAUCCAAAGAACAGAGAGAGCUGCUUGUACUCAUCAGAUAUUUUUGCUCUGAAAAUACUUCCAGAGGUCUUAGAAAGACAGUGUGGAUAUAACCUCUUCAUAUUUGGGAGGGAUGAUUUACCAGGAGAAGCUGUGAUCAGUGUUGCUGAUGAAAAAAUCCGUCAAAGUAGAAGAGUGAUAAUUGUUUUAGUACCAGAGCCCUCCUGUUAUAGCAUUCUAGAAGAUGUGUCUGAAAAGCAGCUAGCCAUGUAUAAUGCUCUUAUCCAAGAUGGCAUUAAAGUAAUUCUCAUUGAACUUGAAAAAAUACAAGAUUAUGCGAUCAUGCCGGAAUCCAUCAAAUAUAUUAAGCAAAAGCAUGGGGCUAUCCGAUGGAAAGGGGACUUCUCAGAAAGGUCUCACUCAGCAGGUACCAGAUUCUGGAAGAAAGUGCGCUACCACAUGCCAUCCAGAAAAAGUGAAUCUUUGUCAGGAUUGCAUUUGUUACCAAAAGACUUGAAUUCACCUUAAGUAACAAAAGGGAAAUGACACUUAAUGACCGAUUCAGUUCACAUAGUUGGUGAUGGACUGACUGAAAGUCACACGCAUCUGUUUUGUGCAAUCUUAUCCAGAUUUUCUUAAGUGAAGGUACUACAGCUUUAUCUACAGAUGUGAAUCUUUUUUUCUUCUGGCUGGAUCAACAGAACAACUUGAAAUAUCAUCAGUAGCACAUGUAGGAAGCACACGAGUACUUUUCCAAGAAUUGCACUGUGAUUUGGUGGAAUUCUCAUAGUGUUGAAAAUAGAAGGCAAAGAAACUAUCAAAAAAUCCUCAGAAAACUUGUUUUUUUACAAGUAAAGUCUGGACAUGAAGAGAAUUAUAUUAAUUAUAAUCAUGAUAUUAUGGAAUGGGCAUGAUUGAUGCCAGUAAAUAUUUGUUUCAUUUUUUUUAAUGACACAAAACUUUUCUUUGUUGCAAGUUUGUUAUUUGCCUUGUUCGGUUUACUGAAAGAUAAAUUCCCCUGUGGUACUGCCUCAGUGUGCUAUCGUCCGAGAGAAAAG